CAGCUCAGGAAAUGAGGUGAUCAUCAGGGAAAGAAAGGAGGGGGGUGGGUGCGGGGUGAUUAGGCAAUUGGACUGCGCAAACACUCGAGGUCAAAGAUUGCAGCCCGCCGCCUGCCCCCUCCGUGCAUAAAGGGGAGCGGGCCACAGGGAGGCGGUGCAGAAGCCGGUCGUCUGUACUGCCCGGCUCCUCGCCACACGCACCGCACCGAGAGGAUGAGGUUCACCGUGGGUGCCCUGCUGGCCUGCGCUGCCCUGGGACUGUGUCUGGCCGUCACGGACAAAACAGUCAAAUGGUGCGCAGUGUCAGAGCACGAGAACACCAAGUGCCUCAGUUUCCGCGACCACAUGAAAACCGUCCUUCCAGCUGACGGCCCCCGGCUUGCCUGUGUGAAGAAAACCUCCUAUCCAGAUUGUAUCAAGGCCAUUUCCGGAGGCGAAGCUGAUGCCAUGACCCUGGAUGGGGGUUGGGUGUAUGAUGCAGGCCUGACUCCCAACAACCUGAAGCCCGUGGCAGCGGAGUUUUAUGGAUCACUUGAACAUCCACAAACCCACUACCUGGCUGUGGCUGUGGUGAAGAAGGGAACUGACUUCCAGCUGAACCAGCUCGAAGGCAAGAAGUCCUGCCACACCGGCCUGGGCAGGUCUGCAGGCUGGGUCAUUCCCAUUGGCUUACUCUACUGCAAACUGUCGGAGCCUCGCAAACCUCUUGAGAAAGCUGUGGCCAGAUUCUUCUCCGGCAGCUGUGUCCCCUGUGCAGAUCCAGUGGCCUUCCCUGAGCUGUGUCAACUGUGUCCAGGCUGUGGCUGCUCCUCUACUCAACCAUACUUUGGCUACGCAGGUGCACUCAAAUGUCUGAAAGAUGGCGGUGGGGAUGUGGCCUUUGUCAAACAUACAACCAUAUUUGAGGUCUUGCCACAGAAGGCUGACAGGGACCAAUAUGAGCUGCUCUGCCUUGACAACACCCGCAAGCCGGUGGAUCAGUAUGAGGACUGCAACCUGGCCCGGAUCCCUUCUCAUGCUGUUGUGGCCCGAAAUGUGGAUGGCAAGGAAGACUUGAUCUGGGAGAUUCUCAAAGUGGCCCAGGAACACUUUGGCAAAGGCAAAUCAACAGACUUCCAACUGUUCAGUUCUCCUCUUGGGAAAGACCUGCUGUUUAAGGAUUCUGCCUUUGGGCUCUUAAGGGUCCCCCCAAGGAUGGACUACAGGCUGUACCUUGGCCACAGCUAUGUCACUGCCAUUCGGAAUCAGCGAGAAGGCGUGUGCCCAGAGACCUCCAUCGACAAAUCGCCAGUGAAAUGGUGUGCACUGAGUCACCUGGAGAGAGUCAAGUGUGACGAGUGGAGUGUCAACAGCGGGGGACAGAUAGAGUGCGAGUCAGCAGAGACCACUGAGGACUGCAUCGACAAGAUUGUGAACGGAGAAGCAGACGCCAUGAGCCUGGAUGGAGGACAUGCCUACAUCGCAGGCCAAUGUGGUCUAGUGCCCGUCAUGGCAGAAAACUAUGAGAGCCCUGACUGUGCCAGCCUAUCACAACGAGGCAUCUUCCCUAAAGGGUAUUAUGCCGUGGCUGUGGUGAAGAAAUCGGACUCUAGCAUCACCUGGAACAACCUGCAAGGCAAGAAGUCGUGCCACACUGGCGUAGACAGAACGGCUGGCUGGAACAUCCCUAUGGGUCUGCUGUUCAGCAGGAUCAACCACUGCAAGUUUGAUGAAUUUUUCAGUCAAGGAUGUGCUCCUGGGUAUGAGAAGAAUUCCACACUCUGCGACCUGUGCAUUGGCCCAAACAAAUGUGCUCCGAACAACAGAGAGGGGUACAAUGGCUACAACGGGGCUUUCCGGUGUCUUGUUGAGAAGGGGGACGUAGCCUUUGUAAAACACAAGACUGUCGAGGAAAACACUGAAGGAAAGAACACUGCUGAGUGGGCUAAGGAUCUGAAGAAGGCCGACUUCGAGCUGCUGUGCCCUGAUGGCACCAGGAAGUCUGUGGAUGAAUAUGACAGCUGCCACCUGGCCCAAGCUCCAAACCAUGUUGUGGUCACACGAAAAGAGAAGGCAUCCCGCGUUAAGGAAGUGCUGGAUAGCCAGCAGGCGUUAUUUGGGAAAGGUAAAUCGGACUGCACUGGCAGUUUCUGUAUGUUCCGGUCUACCAGCAAGGACCUUCUGUUCAAAGAUGACACCAAAUGUCUGGUUAAGCUUCCAGAUGGCACCACAUAUGACAAAUACUUAGGAGCAGAGUACAUGCAAGCCGUUGGUAACAUAAGGAAGUGUUCAACCUCAACCGAGAUACUCCUAAGGAACUACCACUCCCGUGAUGCUCCGCGCCCCGCCACGGCGUGGAGCCUAGGGCCACGUAUCUUUGGCGGCCUGGGAAGACCACACUCCUCAUUCAUGGCUUCUGCGAACACCCGGCGUGUUGGGGAUGGCGCCGGGGGCGCCUUCCAGCCUUACCUCGACUCCUUGCGACAGGAGCUGCAGCAGAGGGAUCCGACGCUGCUCUCCGUGGCGGUGGCGCUACUGGCGGUGCUGCUGACGCUGGUGUUCUGGAAGUUCAUUUGGAGCCGAAAGAGCAGUCAGAGAGCUGUUCUCUUCGUUGGUCUCUGUGACGCUGGGAAAACGUUGCUGUUUGUCAGGUUGCUAACUGGCCGGUACAGAGACACACAGACUUCUAUUACCGAUAGUUCUGCUGUAUACAAAGUCAACAAUAACAGGGGUAACAGCCUGACUUUGAUUGACCUCCCUGGGCACGAGAGCUUGAGGCUUCAGUUCUUAGAUCGAUUUAAGUCUUCAGCCAGGGCAGUGGUGUUCGUGGUGGACAGUGCGACGAUUCAGCGGGAGGUGAAAGAUGUGGCUGAGUUUCUGUACCAGGUCCUCAUCGACAGCAUGGCUCUGAAGAAUGCACCGUCCUUCUUAAUAGCCUGCAAUAAGCAAGAUAUUGCGAUGGCAAAAUCAGCGAAGUUAAUUCAGCAGCUGCUUGAAAAGGAACUCAACACCUUACGAGUCACUCGGUCUGCUGCUCCCAGCACACUGGACAGUUCCAGUACAGCACCUGCUCAGCUGGGAAAGAAAGGCAAAGAAUUUGAAUUUUCCCAGUUGCCCCUCAAAUUGGAGUUCCUGGAGUGCAGUGCCAAGGGCGGACGAGGGGACCCUGGUGCUGCUGACAUCCAGGACUUGGAGAAGUGGCUGGCCAAGAUCGCCUGAGGAGCACCGCUGGCCACAAACCUUGGCCAUGUGAGACUGCCUCACAGUUUGGGAAAGGGCUGUGGUGGUGUGGACUGAUAAAGAGGGGGUAUGCCAUUGUUUGUAGCAUUUCUCGAGUUCUUGAAACAGUUAUACUAAUUAGACAGUUUCUCUCCCUGUCAGCUCCUUUCUCAACUAGUCCUUUUUACUUAAUUCCCAUAUUCUUUCCCUCUUUUUUAGGUGUUAGGUGUAGUAUCUUGUUAGUGUGAGACAUAACAAGAGAGGGCAUCACCACGAGAGUAGGGUCUCAUCUGAGAAGUCCUUAUCUCCUGCCUCUCUGCGGUUGGUCCCCUUUCCUGGGACUAGAUCUGCCUGUUUAUGUGAUAAGUUAAUUUCCAGUUGCCCCUGGUGUUUAGGCUUAAUACAUUGUCAGUUCUUAGUGAAGUCUGGGAUGUGAAGGUAGUUAGAGUGAAGACAGCUUCAAAGUCACAGGGUACAGCUGACAGUGUUCUCCAUGGGCUCAUGGCCCGUCUCCACAGCACCUUAGGUUCAAAAGCUGGAACCCUGAAGAGUCACCCUCACAUGGUGGCUCUAAGAGCCGAAUCCCCAGACACGCAUGGGCUAGUGUGUUCUAGAGGCUCCCCUGGGGAAAGAUGGGAGACAGCACACUGCUGCCUGGGGCGUCCCUUGUGCUACUUGAUUAGCUCCUGUUGUGUUAGCCCAGCCGGAGUGCUGUGGAGCAGUACAAACUGAAGAUGUCCACUGUGCAUUUUAAAUACAUAAUCAUUUGUGCUUUUAAAAAACGUUGCCUUUUUAAAGUCA